GACUAUAGGUUUUGUUACUUUUUGUUACUUUCGUUGGCACUAUAGAAGAAAUUUGAACAGAUAUAUAGAUUUAUGACCUACUACUAAUCUAUAGAUUAUUAGUAGGUCAGAGUAGAUCACCAGCGAUGAAUGAGAUUAUCUAAGAACAUUGUAUAGAAGAAAAGAGAGGAAAAUUAAAAUGACAACGUGAUAUCUGCGUUUGGGGAUUACGUGGUGAGCAGGCGUUCACCUUGCAGGUGAAGGCUACUCCGCUGCAGGGACCGGCGUUUUCUCCCCGCACGCAGUAGGUGAUCCACACCUCCCGCCGACAGGAGGAAGAGGAUGCCAGCUCAGGCACCAGCUGAGGUUUGGCAUUUGCCGGCCGCGGGCGCCGACCUCCAGGGGGCGCCGUGGCCUCGCGCUGUCCGGGCCGUUGCAUUUCCGGGCACUGGGGCUCCGCCAUCGUCGCCGAGCGCGUCCCCGCCGCGAGCCGCUAAUCGUCCGCCGCUCCCGUUACCGGGGCAACCGCGGCGCCUCCUCAGUGUCGGCCCCGAUCGUCCCUCCGCGCCAUUUUCAAACUGCUCUAGCGCCGGAGCCCGUGCCUGGGCGGAAGGAGCUAGUGGGGGACUCGACGCCUGAGGGCCAUGCGGCUGGAGGCGGAGGGAACGGCGGCUGGAGCUGCUGGACUUUAAUUUUUGGAAGUGAAUAAAACUUCUUUUGGAAGACAAGAUGACUACAGCUGUAGAAAGAAAGUAUGUUAAUAUUAGGAAAAGACUGGAUCAGCUGGGAUACCGCCAGACUCUGACAGUGGAGUGUUUACCUUUGGUAGAAAAACUUUUCAGCGAUUUAGUUCAUACAACUGAGAGCCUUCGGCAAUCAAAAUUAUCUGCUGUGAAAGCUGAAAAAGAAAGUGCCAAUUUUGAUUUUGUUUUGGAACCCUAUAAACUUGAAAAUGCAAGAUUGAGUAGAGAAAAUAAUGAAUUAUACCUAGAGUUAAUGAAACUGAGAGAACAUUCAGACCAACACGUUAAAGAGUUGAAAACUUCAUUGAAGAAGUGUGCACGUGAAACAGCUGAUCUGAAAUUUCUAAAUAACCAAUAUGUUCAUAAACUCAAACUGUUGGAGAAAGAGAGCAAAGCUAAGAAUGAAAGAAUUCAACAACUUCAGGAAAAGAAUUUGCAUGCUGUAGUACAGACUCCAGGUGGCAAGAAAAGAAGUAUUGCUUUCAGGCGCCAGCGUAUGCAAAUUGAUGAACCGGUUCCUCCCUCUGAAGUCAGUUCAUAUCCAGUUCCUCAACCAGAUGACCCUUACAUUGCAGACCUCCUACAAGUGGCUGAUAACAGGAUUCAAGAACUUCAACAGGAAGUCCACCAGCUACAAGAAAAGUUAGCAAUGAUGGAAAGUGGGGUGAGAGACUAUAGCAAGCAGAUUGAGCUAAGAGAACGAGAGAUAGAACGACUGUCAGUUGCUUUGGAUGGUGGUCGGUCCCCUGAUGUCCUUUCUCUGGAGUCUAGAAAUAAAACCAAUGAAAAGCUUAUUGCUCAUUUGAAUAUUCAGGUUGACUUUCUUCAGCAAGCUAAUAAAGACCUGGAGAAGCGUAUACGAGAGCUUAUGGAAACCAAGGAAACAGUGACAUCUGAAGUUGUUAAUUUAAGUAACAAAAAUGAAAAACUCUGCCAAGAAUUAACUGAAAUAGAUCAGUUAGCACAGCAGUUGGAAAGACAUAAAGAAGAAGUGCUUGAGACUGCUGAUAAAGAGCUUGGGGAAGCAAAGAAAGAGAUUAAAAGAAAGCUGUCUGAAAUGCGGGAUCUUGAAGAAACAAUGGCAAAACUUCAACUGGAAUUGAACUUAUGCCAGAAAGAAAAGGAGAGACUGAGUGAUGAACUCCUUGUAAAAUCAGACCUAGAAACUGUUGUUCAUCAGCUUGAACAAGAAAAGCAAAGACUUAGCAAAAAAGUUGAAAGUUUUGCAGUUACAGAACGACAACUUACUCUGGAAGUUGAGAGGAUGAGACUAGAACAUGGAAUAAAACGUCGAGACAAGUCACCUUCUCGUUUAGAUACAUUUCUGAAAGGUAUAGAAGAAGAACGAGAUUAUUAUAAGAAAGAGCUAGAGAGACUCCAACAUAUAAUACAGCGAAGAUCUUGCUCUACAAGUUAUAGUGCACGUGAAAAAAGUUCAAUAUUUAGAACACCAGAAAAGGGUGAUUACAAUUCAGAAAUUCAUCAGAUCACAAGAGAAAGAGAUGAACUUCAGCGUAUGCUAGAAAGAUUUGAAAAAUAUAUGGAGGAUAUACAGUCCAAUGUUAAAUUAUUGACAGCAGAAAGAGAUAAACUAAGUGUCUUAUAUAAUGAAGCUCAGGAAGAAUUAUCUGCCCUAAGAAAGGAAUCCACCCAAACCACAGCACCCCAUAAUAUUGUUAGUCUUAUGGAAAAGGAAAAAGAACUUGCGUUAUCUGACUUAAGAAGAAUUAUGGCAGAAAAGGAAGCUUUAAGAGAAAAAUUAGAGCAUAUUGAAGAAAUGAGUCUUUUUGGAAAAUCAGAAUUAGAGAAAACUAUUGAACAUUUGACAUGUGUUAAUCAUCAGCUUGAAAGCGAAAAAUAUGAAUUAAAGUCUAAAGUGUUAAUAAUGAAAGAAACAAUAGAGUCAUUAGAGAACAAAUUAAAAGUCCAAGCUCAAAAAUUUAGCCAUGUGGCUGGUGACUCAUCUCAUCAGAAAACAGAGGUGAACUCACUUAGGAUAGUAAAUGAGCAGCUACAGCGGUCAGUUGAUGACUAUCAGCACCGACUUUCCAUAAAAAGAGGUGAACUUGAAUCAGCCCAAACACAAAUUAAAAUACUGGAGGAAAAGAUAGAUGAACUAAACCUUAAGAUGACUUCACAGGAUGAGGAGGCUCAUGUAAUGAAAAAGACUAUUGGUGUUAUUGAUAAAGAAAAAGACUUUCUCCAGGAGACUGUAGAUGAGAAGACAGAAAAGAUUGCAAAUUUGCAAGAAAACCUAGCAAAUAAAGAAAAAGCUGUUGCUCAAAUGAAGCUAAUGAUCUCAGAGUGUGAAUCAUCUGUGAACCAGCUGAAAGAAACAUUGGUUAAUCGAGAUCGUGAGAUAAACAGCCUCCGGCGCCAGCUUGAUGCAGCUCACAAAGAACUCGAUGAAGUAGGAAGAUCUAGAGAAAUCGCUUUUAAGGAAAACAGAAGACUGCAAGAUGACCUGGCUACAAUGGCAAGAGAAAACCAAGAAAUCUCAUUGGAAUUGGAAGCAGCAGUGCAAGAAAAAGAGGAAAUGAAGAGCAGAGUUCAUAAAUACAUAACAGAGGUGUCACGAUGGGAGAGCUUAAUGGCUGCCAAGGAAAAAGAAAAUCAAGAUUUGUUAGAUAGAUUUCAGAUGCUUCAUAACCGUGCUGAAGACUGGGAGGUCAAAGCCCAUCAAGCUGAGGGAGAAAGCAGCUCAGUUCGACUGGAACUUCUUUCUAUUGACACUGAGAGGAGACAUCUUCGAGAAAGAGUGGAGCUAUUAGAAAAAGAAAUUCAAGAGCACAUAAAUGCCCAUCAUGCUUAUGAAUCUCAGAUCUCAUCAAUGGCAAAAGCCAUGUCUCGAUUAGAAGAAGAGCUGAGACAUCAAGAAGAUGAGAAAGCAACAGUAUUAAAUGACUUGUCAUCUCUUAGAGAACUUUGCAUUAAACUUGAUUCAGGCAAAGAUAUCAUGACCCAGCAAUUGAAUUCGAAAAACCUUGAGUUUGAGAGGGUUGUGGUAGAAUUAGAAAAUGUAAAGUCAGAGUCAGACCUACUGAAAAAACAACUGUCAAAUGAGAGACAUACAGUUAAAAACCUCGAAUCAUUGUUGGCUACAAACAGAGAUAAAGAAUUUCAUUCUCACUUAACCUCCCAUGAGAAGGAUACAGAAAUCCAGCUACUUAAGGAGAAGUUAACCCUUUCCGAAAGCAAAUUAACUAGUCAAAGCCGGGAAAACACCAUGCUUCGAGCUAAAGUGGCACAGUUACAAACAGAUUAUGAUGCUCUGAAAAGGCAGAUCUCAACUGAAAGAUACGAACGAGAACGAGCAAUCCAAGAGAUGCGUCGACAUGGUCUUCCUACACCACCCCUUAGUUCCACUCUGAGGUCUCCUUCACAUUCUCCUGAACAUAUAAAUGUAUAAUUAUCAGAAAGAAUAAUGGCUUUCAAUGAGUUCCUACGUGGAUUUUUAAAAGAACAGAACAGUAAUGAAAUAUUUGAAGUACUUGUUGCUGAAAAUCAUGAACAUGGACACAAAUUCUACCUCUGUCAACUUUUAUUUAAAUCAGUGAAUAUGUUAAAAAGUUUGGUUUAAAAGAACUAUAUCUGUAUGUAUAUUUUCACAUAUAUGACAGAACAAGAAUAUGUAUUAAUAGUGCCUAAUGUAUCUAUAUUUUUAUUAUUCAUGAAUUAAAUUACUAAAAGUAUGUUUAUACUGUGAAUUAAUAUAAUGUAUUCACAUUAUUCUUUAAUAAUCUGUUUAUUAAUAAGCCAUGAUAUAUGUAUGUAAAUAUUCUUACAGUACUUGUUUUUAGUUGUCAUGCGUAUGUUUAGACCAUAUCUUAAUGUAUUCACAAAGAAUUAUCAACUUUGAUGCUAUGCUGUCAUGCUUAACUUUUUCUUCUUAAAAUUAUUCAUAGAUCUACUGUCUGUUGUCAAGGGGAGUAUAUUCAGGUCUAGUCUUCUUAUAAUAGCAGAGGUCUUGGUAAAAUAACUACCAUAUAUAAUGUGUUAUUGCCAUCUAGAAGAACUAUGAUGAGAAAGAUACAUUUAUAUAUUAUGUAAAAUUUUAACUAUUAUCACAUGGACUCUAUGUAACACAAAUUCUAUCAAAAGCAAACUAAAAGCUAUAUGCAGAGUUUUGUAUAAAACAAUAGAACAGAAAUUUGGGACAUUUUUCUAGGAAAUAAAAUUCCUCAGUGUAUUAAUCUAAGGUUUCAAAGUAUAAAAGUAUAUGGGGUAGGCCGGGUGCAGUGGCUCACGCCUGUAAUCCCAGCACUUCGGGUCGCCGAGGCGAGUGGAUUUCCUAAGGUCAGGAGUUUGAGACCAGCCUGAGCAAUGUGGUGAAACCCCGUCUCUACUAAAAAUACAAAAAUUAUCUGGGCUUGGUGGUGGGCACCUGUCAUCCCAGCUACUUGGGAGGCUGAAGCAGGAGAAUCGCUUGAACCCGGGAGGUGGAGGUUGCGGUGAGCCAAGAUCAUGCCAUUGCACUCCAGCCUGGGUGACGGAGUAACACUCUGUCUCAGAAAAAAAAAAAAAAAAAAGUAUAUGGGCUAAAUACAGUAAAACAUUUUGUUAAAUUCCAAUAUACAUUCAGUGAUACCACUCUUUUUCUUCUAAGCCUGUGUGUUAUAAUUUACCAGUUCCCCAAAAUGCCAUUUUUAACGCCGAACUGUGUAAUAUAUAUGGAAAACAGCUUUUUACAGUUAAUUUUCAAAGUUGUAAUUUUAAAGAAUUUGGGUGUAUACCUAUGUUAAUGAAACAACAGAAGUACCAAAAGGAAUGUCAGAUACAAAAAUCAAUCAUGAAGAAAAUCUGUUCUUAAUAUAUUGCAUUAUGAUUGAAAAACAUAAAAACUAACAUAGGAAAGUGAAUGAUCAGUUACUUAUGAUAUAUUUUGUUUCCUCUUGUGGUUUAAUAAAGUGAAGUGUGUGUGUGUGUGUGUGUGUGUGUGUAUACCUGGGGGUGGGCAGUGCUCUUUUUCUAAAACUAAUAUGGCUUAUAUAUCUGAAUUAUGCCCUUUUUAGUGUGUAUUAGGAUGUGGGCUGGUUUGCUUUUCUACCACCUUUGUAAUUUUAUGUAUUCCAUCUCCUUUGUGUGAAUUCAUAUAUUAUAGCAAAAUACAAGAGACGUGGGACUGUUUGCAAUACCAUAUGGAAAUCUUUUAAUAAAUAUAUGUAAAUAAAAUAAAAAAUAUUUGUCCCCACCUUUUCCCCAAAAGCAACAGCAAGACAUAUUUUGUUAGAUAUUUUAUUUUUAAUGUUUUCUAUAAUUUAAAAAUGUAUAGCCUGCCAAAUGUUGUUUUCAUAACCAUGAUAUUGUUUUGAAAAACAGUUUUAUCUUAAAAUACUGAAUGUUCUGACCUUUUAUAGAUGUUUUUGAUUUUGUUUUAAAUAAUUUUAAAUUAUGGAGCUUGACCUAGAUUUACCAAUAAACUUUCUAGCCAA